AUGGCCGGACUGACCGAAGCUCAAGUCGCCUCCUUCAAGGAGAACGGGUACCUCGUCCUCCCAGACUACCUCAGCCCAACCGAGGUUACCUCCCUCCUUACAGAGACAAACAAACUCCUCGACGAAUUCUCCCUAGAGUCGCACCCACUCACACAAUUCACUACGGGCGACGAAUCCGCUGAGCAUGUAGGCGAUGACUACUUUCUAAACUCCGGCGACAAGAUCCGAUUCUUCUUCGAGCCUGACGCGUUCAGCACGGAGCCCGAUCCACUAACCGGGCGACCCGCUUUGAUGAAGCCCAAGAACCGCGCUGUCAACAAGAUCGGCCACUCCCUGCACACUCUGUCACCGCCAUUCAAGGCCAUCUCGCUGAACGAGCGUAACGCGGCUGUUGCGCGCGACUUGGGCUUCGUUGAUCCCCGCGUGCUGCAGAGUAUGGUUAUCUGCAAACAGCCCUCGAUCGGUGGGGCUGUACCUUCCCAUCGCGAUUCGGAGUUCUUGUAUACCGAUCCGCCAUCGGCUGUUGGCUGGUGGUACGCGCUGCAGGAUGCCAGCCCACAGAAUGGCACGCUGGGCAUGUACAAAGGAUCGCAGACGGGGAGGAAGGGUGGGCAUAUUACUAGGAGGUUUGUGAGAAAGCAGAAUGGGGCAGGCACAGAAUUUAUUGAGAAUCAGGGGCCUGCGCUGCCGAAGGGUAUGGACGAGGAGAAAAGUUCCGAGGCUACAGAUGAGGAUCUGGAGAUACUUGAUAUCAAGGCUGGAUCGCUUGUGCUCAUUCACGGGAAUGUUUUGCACAAGAGUGAGAAGAAUACCAGCUUGAACAGUCGGUAUGCGUAUACCUUCCAUGUUAUUGAAGGCGCGGAGGGAUGGGAGUAUGAUGCCCGGAACUGGCUGCAGCCUCCUGCUGGUGGGUUCUCGAAGUUGAGUGCUUGA